AACUCGCUAGCGCACAUUAGUUUUGAUUCCCCCUGCCACCGUAUAUCCUAUGAAGUCCUCAGAUGCAACUCUUUCUGUAGUGUAAAAACUCUCUCCAACCCCAUCUUGUUUCAAGAAUCGAACCCUGUAAAUUUUCUGCCGUUCUAUCCCAUUGUUUGCAUCAAACUAGAAUUCAUCCCACAGCAAUUCGAGAUUCUCCGCAAGAAAACAGAAUUCCCAGCUCAAAUUGUAGUCACGCAUAUGGUUAGGGUUUCAAAAUUUUCCACGGGAAUUUGAAACCCUAAUUAAGUUGAAUUUUCGAUGUGAUUUCUUGAUUUACACAAUCUGAUGAAUCUUUUCUUAUCCCCAAUGGAUUCAAUUCAAUCUCCUCCGCCGUUUCCAUCAGAAGAUGGAGAAAAAGCAUGGUAUGGAAAUAUACAAUACCUUCUCAAUAUCUCAGCUGUUGGAGCUCUAUGUUGCGUAUUCAUCUUCCUUUUUGUUAAGCUUAGAAGUGAUCAUCGUAUGCCUGGUCCAACUGGUCUUAUUGCUAAGCUUUUAGCUGUGUGGCACGCUACUGGUCGGGAGAUUGCUAGGCAUUGUGGUGCUGAUGCUGCUCAAUUUCUUCUCAUUGAAGGUGGUAGUUGUACUCUUCUUCUUUCAAUUGCUGUUUUGGCUAUUUUUCUUGUUCUUCCACUUAAUUUAUAUGCUGGAACUGCUGCCAUUGCCGACCAGUUCUCCAAAACAACCAUUAAUCAUAUCGAAAAAGGUUCGCCAUUGUUAUGGGUGCAUUUUCUUUUUGUGGUUAUUGUAGUUUGUUUGGUUCAUUUUGGUAUUUGUACGAUAGAAGAGCGUUUGAAAAUUACUAGGUUUAGAGAUGGUAAUGGAAAUCCUAGCGAUACUAGUGCCAAUUCUGUGGCAAUUUUUACAAUUAUGAUACAGGGGAUUCCGAAGACGUUAGCUAUGGAUAAGAGUCUAUUGGAAGGGUAUUUUCAACAUAGAUAUCCUGGUAAAGUGUAUAAGGUUAUUGUGCCUAUGGAUUUGUGUGCUUUGGAUGAUUUGGUGUCUGAUUUGGUACGAGUUAGAAAUGAAAUUUCUUGGUUGGUUGCACGAAUUGAUUCACAAAUCGCAUCUGAUGGGAGUGAAGAUGAUGAAAUUGGUGAGUUUGAUGAAAUACUAGAGUUUUCUUCGGUGGGGUUUUGGGACCGUGUUAGACAUAUGUGGAGAAGGUUAAAAGAAUUAUGGGUUCAGGUUAUUACACGGUUGGGUUUUACAGACGAGGAAAGGUUGAGAAGAUUGCAAGAGUUAAGGGCAGAGUUAGAGACUGAAGUGUCUGCUUACAAGCAAGGUGUAGCACAAGGUGCUGCUAUUGCAUUUGUGAUAUUCAAGGAUGUGUACACCACAAAUAAGGCUGUUCAGGAUUUUCGAUCUGAGAGGAAAAGACCGACAGGGAGAUUCUUCUCUGUCAUGGAGUUGCAAUUAGGUAGGAGUCGUUGGAAAGUCGAGCGGGCUCCACCAGCUUCCGACAUCUACUGGAAUCAUUUGGGUUCGACAAAACUCACCUUGAAACUUCGCAGAGUGUUUGUCAACACUUGUCUGCUGGUGCUGUUACUUUUUUUUAGUUCUCCACUUGCUGUGAUCACCGCCUUGAAGAGUGCUGCAAGAAUUAUUAACGCAGAAGCUAUGGAUAACGCUCAAUCGUGGUUGACUUGGCUGGAGAGUUCAAGCUGGAUUGCUACCGUGAUUCUUCAAUUUCUGCCAAAUGUUCUUAUAUUCGUCAGCAUGUAUAUAAUAAUUCCAUCUGCUCUUUUUUCUCUCUCCAAGUUCGAACGCCAUCUUACUGUAUCUGGGGAGCACAGGGCUGCAUUGUUGAAGAUGGUUUGCUUCUUCCUAGUAAAUCUCAUCCUAUUGCGAGCAUUGGUCGAAUCUUCCUUGGAGAGUAUGAUCCUGAGUAUGGGUCGCUGUUAUUUGGAUGGAGAAGACUGCCAAAGGAUCGAACAGUACAUGAGCGCAUCAUUUUUAUCAAGAUCGUGUCUCUCUUCCCUUGCAUUUUUAAUCUCGAGCACUUUCUUAGGGAUAUCGUAUGAUCUACUGGCUCCUAUUCCUUGGAUCAAGAAGAAACUGCAGAGAUUUCGAAAGAAUGACAUGCUUCAGCUGGUUCCCGAACAAAGUGAAGAUUACCCUUUAGAAAGCCAAGACAUAGAUAACCUUCAGAGACCUCUAAUAUCUGAGAGAGGAUUUGAAGGUGUCAGAGAUGAUAAUAUAUCACAUGGUCGAGGAUUGAAUGGAAUUGAUCUACAUGGCGAAGAUCUUUGUGAAUAUCCAAUCAAUAGAAGCUCUCCUGUUCCGAAACAGACAUUUGAUUUUGCUCAGUAUUACGCAUUCAACCUUACUAUAUUUGCCCUUACGCUGAUCUAUUCCGCAUUUGCACCCCUUGUGGUUCCUGUGGGUGCAAUUUAUUUCGGCUACAGGUACGUGGUGGACAAAUAUAACUUCUUAUUCGUGUAUAGAGUUCGUGGGUUUCCUGCAGGCAAUGAUGGGAAGCUGAUGGAUACUGUAUUGUGCAUCAUGAGAUUCUGUUUAGACUUGUUCCUUCUCUCAAUGCUUUUGUUCUUCUCAGUUCAAGGAGACUCCACUAAGCUGCAAGCUAUAUUUACUCUAGGGUUGUUAGUUUUGUAUAAACUGUUACCAUCGAAGAACGAUAAUUUUCAACCAUCUUUGUUAGGAAGCAUACAGACAGUUGAUAGCGUAGUUGAGGAUGGUCCUCCUGAUUACGAGGUUUUCUCUCAACCCAAUUUUGAUUGGGAUACAUAUCAACUAUGACAAAAAGAAAUGCUAAAACUACUUUAGGAUUUCAAUCUACUGCGAUCAUGUAUAAGGUUUUACUUCACAUUUUUAAUUUUCGUUUUUUCUCUUUUAUUGUGAACUAAAACUAAAACAUGUUUGGUAUGUAUAUAGUUACUUUAGAUUUUUGUGAA